CAGCAGCAUACUUGAUCAACAGAGGACCCUCAUCUCCCAUAGGUUUCAAAAUUCCAGAAGAGGAAUGGAAAGGUCGAGAGGUAUCCCUUACUCACUUGAAAGUUUUUGGUUGUAUUUCUUAUGUCAAAGUUAGAGAUGCAGAUAGUGACAAGCUUGAGGCAAAGGCAAAGAAGUGUAUCUUUAUUGGGUACGGGAUGGAUGACAUGGGCUACAGGUUCUGGGACAACCACAGCAAGAAGGUUAUCAGAAGUAGAGAUGUCACUUUCAACGAGAAUGCCCUGUAUAAAGAUGGUCUUGCAGCUGAAACUAGCAAGGCCAAGCAACCAGAAAACAAGCAACAAGUGGUGUUUGACGGGAUGACUGAAGACGACAUAGCACAACCUGCUGGUUGUGAUGAGAUGACUGGAGGUUCAGGGAGCAGUGGGAGCUCAGGAGAUACAGGGAUCUGAAACUAGCAAGGCCAAGCAACCAGAAAACAAGCAACAAGUGGUGUUUGACGGGAUGACUGAAGACGACAUAGCACAACCUGCUGGUUGUGAUGAGAUGACUGGAGGUUCAGGGAGCAGUGGGAGCUCAGGAGAUACAGGGAUGUCUGAAGAUAGUGGGAGUGAUGAAGAUGGUGAAAAUUCAGAGGCAGCUACUCCUCAAGUCAGACAGUCCACUAGAAUCAGAAGACCUCCUAACAGAUAUUCUCCUUCAGCAAAUUACCUUUUGCUGACCGAGAAUGGAGAGCCAGAAUCUUACUCAGAGGCGCUGACCAUGAAAGAUUCCAUACAGUGGAAGAAGGCCAUGAAGGAUGAGUUAGAUUCACUUGACAAGAACCAAACUUGGUCCUUAGUCAAGCUACCACCGGG